CUAGGUAAUACGUGGCCGAGAUAUAACCACCUCGCGAAGGCCUUCCCGUGAAAUCGUCUGCCGAGCAACAUGGACGCGCUAGCCGUCGCACUGCUGGCGGUGCAGAAGAUACUGCUGUUUUCCAUCGUCAUCGUUGUCGCCGCUUUUGUCUGGCACUUGCUGAGGAGACCGCGCAACCUUCCGCCCGGACCGCGCGGGUAUCCACUCGUCGGGUCCAAUCUCUCGUUCGGAGAUCGGCCCGACAGAUGGCUGAUGGGCAUCGCCAAGCAGUACGGCCCCGUCGUGAGCGUCUACAUGGGGCCAAAGCUGACGAUCGUGCUCAAUGACGUCGACUCGGUGAGAGAUGCCUUCCUCAAGCAGGGCGACGUGUUCUCGGAGCGGCCGUCAUCUGGCCUGAUUGACAUAGUGUCAAAGGUCAUAUUAGGCUAUGUGCCGCCUAUUGAACACGGCGUCAUAGGUUCCUCUGGUCUGUUAUGGAAGGAGCAGCGUAAGUUUGCUCUUGGAAAACUGAGAGAAUUUGGCAUGGGCAAAGUCAGCCUGGAGACGAAAAUCAAGGAAGAGAUUUCAGUUCUCCUAAUGGAGAUAAAGACCAAGAGUUCCGAGCCCUUUGACAUUCAGGAGCUGGUGACGACGAGCGUGAGUAACGUGAUCUGCAGCAUCGUCUUUGGCAACCGCUAUGAGUAUGGCGAAAAGCAGCUCGACGAUCUCAUGCGUGCACUGAACGCUUUGUUCGUCCUGUUCGAAGUGACGGGACUACUCAACUACGCGCCCUGGCUACGUCAUAUCCCCGGCUUCCGCGGCCAAGCCGCAGAGGUCAAGAGAUACUUUGAAGUCAUUCACGGCGUGCUGAAGCAGCAGAUUGCUGCUCACCUGCUCGACUACGAUGAGAGCAACAUUCGAGAUUUCAUCGACGUCUACAUCAAGGAAAUGCACAGCGAGCAUUCGAAAGGGCGACACCAGAGCACGACUUUCAAUAUGGAAGAACUAUUGUUUGUCGUAUGGGAUCUGUUUGCGGCGGGUACUGAGACAACGUCGACCACUACGCGCUGGGCGAUGCUGUUCAUGCUCAAAUACCCGGAUGUCUGCAAGAAGGUGCAGGCAGAAAUCGAUGACGUCAUCGGCAGAGGUAGAAUGCCGUGCAUGGCUGACAAGACCAAGAUGCCUUAUACGGAGGCGACGAUCAUGGAAAUCCAACGCUUAGGUACCAUCGUGCCACUAGGAGUCCCUCAUUCAACAUCUGAGAAGGUCGAGUUCAGGGGCUUCAGCAUACCCGCUCACACGCAAGUUAUUGCUAACCAAACAGCCGUGAUGCUAGAUCAGACAUACUUCCCGAAUCCAGAGAAAUUAUCACCCGAGAGAUACCUCGACGAGAACGGCAACAUUACUAAGAUCGACGCCCUGAUUCCAUUCUCUAUCGGUCGCCGUGUGUGCCUUGGCGAGGCUCUGGCCAAAAUGGAGCUAUUCCUGUUAUUCACCAGCAUAUUACAAAACUUCAAUCUUGAGCUACCAGGUGGCGUCACAGAACCAUCUCUUGACGGAAUUUUUGGGAUUACGUGGAUGCCAAAGGCCAAUAAAAUUCGUUUUUGCAUGCGUUAGCGAGAACAGGCUGAUAAUUAAUUUCAGAAGAUUAAUUUAAAACAAAAAUCGAAUCUACUAAAACAAUUGAUUAAUUUUAGAUUACACGAAACAGAAUCGGGAUACAAUUUUAUUCGCCCAUAAAGCAUAAUAAUACUGAUGGAUAUACACAACCUCUUCGCUAGGUGGCACCACAUGACUAUCAAGUGACGACUGUCGAGCAGUGUGGUCGCUGUGUUGUUGUCUUUCCAAUAAUAAAUAGUCAUCCUUAUGAAACAAUCAAA